GAGAAUUACCUAAGCAGCGGCAAAGCCUUAUUAAGAUCUGCAAACACCGAAGCAGAGACCUAAAGAGAAAUCAAAGUAAGCAUAAACGAGAACAGCUAACCCAAGUAGUUAAUUGCUUGGUUUAGGGGCGAAAUGGGAAACGAAGCAAAAACCGCAAACACCGCCGCCAACUUAGGAGGAGGAUUCCGGGCGAGAAUGGAGCACUACAUAUACAGCGGUGAAAAGAAGCACGUUAUGGCUGGCAUCGCCAUCAUCGCCUUCGUUUUUGGUGCCCCUUGGUUUCUCAUGAAUCGAGGAGCAAAGCAUCAGUCACACCAAGAUUACAUGGAAAAGGCUGACAAAGCAAGGAGUCAACGACUUUCUUCUUCAAAAUAAGUCAAGUUCUUCGAUCCUUAAGCAACUUUUUGAGAGCUGGAAUGGAAGCUUAUACUUCAUGAUAAUCUGUUUUAUGUCCUAGACAGUUGAAAACCUUGAUUGCUGAAAAAAGGGGGAAAUGGCAAAAAUAAUAAUAUACUUGCUAGA